UACCUUCCCCGCUUCAUCUCCCCGUCGAGUUCCGGGUCAAAGAGAAAGAAGAAACUUUCCGGCGCUUUUGGAAGAUGCCGAAGCCCACUCAGGGGGGGCCGAAUCCCUUAUUUACGCGCUGGCUCCAGGAGUGGCGCGACCAGGCCGCCGAGCGCGGGCGCCUCAGGAGCCAACGCGCCUAUGAACGGGCGCUGAGCUCUCUCCACAAAUACCCACUCCCUUUGCGCAGCGGGCGCGAGGCUCGGAUCCUCCAGUAUUUUGGUGAGCACAUCUGCCGCCAGCUAGACGAGCGGCUGGAGAGACACUGCCAAGCCCAGGAUGGCACAGUGUUGACAGGUCUGCAUGCCACAGCUUCUUCUCAGAAGGAUCAAGAGGAUGGUGAGCUGCUUGGCAGCAGAGACCCGCCUGCUGCGCUCCAGCCUGCCCUCUGUGCCACAGAGCCAGAUCAAAACAAAGGACAGUGCUUAAAGAAGAAGCAAGCAGUAUCACGCCAGCGUGGCCGGAGGUACUUCCCAGAUCCCCGUUCUGGGGCCUUUGCCAUUUUGGUGGCUCUGUACCAGGACAGUGUGAAUCCUCACUCCCGGGGUUUCCUGACAAAGCCGGAAUUGCAGAGAGCAGCUCAGCUGCUGUGCGAGAAAUCUUUUUUUCUGGCUGAUCCUGGGAGUAAGAACACUGCCUGGUCUGCAAUCAGCACUCUGCUUCGCAAGGAGCUGGUCCUCAAGACCAAUAUCCCAGCCAGAUAUUCUCUGACGGACUCAGGGCUCACCAUAGCCCGGGAACUGGCAGCUUUGAACGAGCCAAAGGAGAAGGACUCCGACUCUCUGGCAGCCAAGGCAGCUGACUCUGGAGACCCCUUGCUGCUUUUGGAGGGAGACGAUGAAAGCAAGCAAUCUCCAAACAGGGACGCCUUGCCCAAGUCAAGCUGCAGAGAGCCAAGGGCAGGGCUCUUAAAACCCCAGUUUACUUUUCACCCUGGGAACUUUGAUGUUAUCCUCUGUGUGGAUUUCAUUGAGACCACGGGUGGUCCCACGUCCCGGAAGCAAGAUUUGGUGAGUGAGCUCCAGCGCCACAAUGUUCCCUUCAGCAUCCGGAAGCUUCACAUCGGGGACUUCCUCUGGGUGGCCAGGGAGAGAGUCUUACCUGUGGCGGGACAGCCACCUGCCGCUCGGGAGCUGGUGCUGGAUUACGUGGUAGAACGGAAACGGAUGCCGGACCUGUGCAGCAGCAUCAUUGAUGGCCGCUUUCGUGAGCAGAAGUUCCGUCUGCGGCAAUGUGGCAUUUCCCACCCCAUCUACCUGGUUGAAGAUUCGGGCUCCACACAACACCUCAGCUUGCCCGAAAAGACUCUCCAGCAAGCGAUGACCAACACCCAGGUGGUGGAUGACUUCUUUGUUAAACGCACUCGAGACUUACGGGAAUCUGCAGCGUAUUUGACCCUGAUGACGCGUCAGCUGACCAGACUGUACGAGGACAAAACCCUUCUGAGCUGUACCAAGGAGGAACUGGAGCAAGAGCGCCCUCUGCAGCCCAGCGCCGGCUCCUGCCGGCUCCUGACCUUUGCUGAGUUUAACGAAGGGGCCGUGAAGAACAAGGCCCAAACAGUGAGUGAGGUCUUUGCGCGGCAACUCAUGCAGAUCAGCGGCAUCAGCGGAGACAAGGCAGCUGCCAUCCUGGAGAGAUACAAAACACCAGCUAGCCUCCUGGCUGCUUACGCUACUUGCCCAACGCCACAGUGCCAAGAGCAGCUGCUGAGCGAUGUCAAAUGCGGCAAACUGCAGAGGAACUUGGGCCCUGCCUUGAGCAAGACUUUGGCUCAGUUGUACUGCACAUCAGGACCGCUGCCUUGAACCAGUGGGAGGCUGUGGGUGUGUGCCUGCGUGCCUACAAUUCACCAGCCAACGUGGAAUACGUCUCCCCACUGCCUGUUGUGUCAUCACAAUUACCGUAUUUCAGCAGCCAGCAGCUGUGGGAAGCUGGCCCCAGAGACACCCAGCACUGUUGCUCCUUGUAAAACACAGGUGCCAAGGAAAAGAUGGGUUUGUCCUAUUGCCUUAUCGCAGGGGCAGCGAACCCGAAGCUCUCUGGGCCUAUGAGUUUUUUCAUGCAGCAACACCUGGUGGGCCGGAGGUUCACCACCCCUGCUCUAACAUUCUGUGCCAGAUGUUUACGAGCCCGAAAUGCACUUCCUUGCCACAAGCUUACACGGGAUCCAGGUUGACACUGUCUGUUACAUCACCCACAAGACUGUUGGAGGAAGAGCACCCCGACUGGGUUUUUUGGGCCCCUUUUGGCUGCUAAAUUAGGGCUUGCCAAGUCUCAUCCCUCUUGAUUUUUUCCUCCUUUUUUUUUAAAAAAAUAUCUGUCGAUAUUCUAAUAAAAUUGUAGCAUUUUGUUUUGCAAAGGCUCUUAUUAUUAUGUCUUCAACCCCAGGGGCCCAGAAAAGUACUUUCCCACACCGUACACCUUCUUACAGAAUUAGCGAGGGACAGCUUUAAAAGGAAAUUAGACAAAUCCACUCUCGCAACAGCGAUGGAAGGCAGGGCUGCAACCAUUUAGGAAUUGCCGAGAAGCGGAGACCAGCUUAGGAAUGUUAGGAGAAGCUUCGUAAUGGCAUGAUGCCCUGUCGUACCCAAGUCUGCGUAUGCACCAACAUGCCCCCCCAAAGAAUCAUGGGAACUGUUGUCUAAAGGUACUGGGAAUUUCAGCUUUGUGAGGGGUAAACUCCCAUGAUCCUUUGGGGAAGGCCAUGUGCUUUAAAUAUAUGGUGUGUAUGCAGGCUAAACGGAACCUCGCAUCCUAGAAGCAAUUAAACUGUUUGCCGUUGGAAGUGGGAUUUGGUCUUAAGGACUUGUAAGGACUUAAUUUGUCUCAAGACAUGCCAUAGCUGAGUAAAUUGGAAGCAACUGAAAAGGUUUUAAAAGAUAUGCUGGGCAAAUAUUUAAAAUGCUCAUCUACCCCCCCCCCCAAAAUACCCUGAAAGUGCUCUGUGUGGAAAUUAAUGGGAGAAAACGGGGAAAGAAGCGGUCUCCAGUAUUUCCCCUCAGCACAAUCACUGAAAGAAUUUGUAAUAUUUAAAUACAAAUAUUAUGAUUUCCUUCCCUUCCAAAGUUCAGUCAGAAACAGUCCCAUUUUUAGACUGCCUGUUCUAAUUAAACACAGGGGAGAGGAAAUAUAUGCGUGUUUUUUGUUUUUGCAGUCUUUGGGUGAAUUAGCAAGUUGUGCCCAGUGGUUGUUUUUGCCUGCCUGAUAGGAAGGAGCAACGUGUUCUGUGGUUCUUUUGGGGGGGGCAGCCAUUUGGUUUUAAGAAAUUCAGCCUCUGAGGCUGCAGUUUGAAGCAGAAGACCAGCAUGGGGGAAGAAGUGCUUCAUCUUUUCUUCUUGUGCCAUUUCCCCGCUGAAAAUUGCCCCACCUUCCAGCUUCUUUAUGCCCCCUUAUGCCUACUGGGAAGAGCAGGGAGCCUCCAAUGAAGCUGAAUAUGCUGGAUGAUUCAGGAAAGAUGAACGAAAGCCCUUCUUUCCGCAGGGCACAGUUUCAACCAUGGAAUUUGCUCCCACGAUAUCGGGUAGCUUUAAGAGAGGAUUAGAGAAACUCAUUGAUAAGCCUAGCAGUGGCUACGAGCCAUUGCAGGUGGGGAAACUGCUGUUGCACUUAGAUCCUGGUUGUGAGUUUUCCAUCGGGAAGGAUGCUGAUUCACCAAUGUUCUUGCCUUCUCUUACAAGGAAAAUAUUAAAAAGACUUGCGUACUUCCCAAAGGAUGCGGGUGGCUCUGUGGUCUAAACCACUGAGCCUCUUGGGCUUGCUGGUCAGUCCUUGUGGCCUGAAAGCGAGAUGAGUGCCGCAACCCCAUAGUCGCCUUUGACUGGACCAGGAGUCCUUUACCUUUUACUUCCCAAAGGUAAUUUAAAUGUAUGUUUGGGAGGUUGGGGGCAGGUUCAGCAGGGUGCGAAAGCCUUGAAGAAGUUCUUCUUAGCCCACAGCAAUCUUCCCCUUCCAACUGCACUCCCGGCAGCUAUUUCUUCAUUUCCAGUGUUGACAGAAUACUGUCCACUCACGGAAUUCCUCGGGACAGUUUACGAGUACAAAUUUUAACUAUAAAAUGCAAAAAUAACAGGAGCGUCACUUCGCCCGAGCCUCGAUGCCCAUAAAGCACAGGCUAGGCAUGCUUGUGUAAAAGCUCCUGUGUUGUCGGCCUCUUCACCAAACGCCUUGUGUGCGAGGCUCCCACCUGGCGAGUCUGUGGCCAAGGGGAGAUUUGAGCCAAAGGCAUGCCAGGUCAAGCUCUUGGCUAUUUCACCUUUGUGCUGCCUUACUUGUGGGGCUUCUCAGCCUGGGUCACCUGACCUGCCCCCUUCAGAGAUGCAAAGGAUUGGUUCAGAUCAGGAGAGGGGAACCCCAACUUUCUUAGUGGUGGCGAUUCUCCGGGGUCUCAGACUGGGGGCGCUCUCUGCCCUGCCUGGAGAUGCUGGCGAUGGAACCAGGGUGAUGGAACAAAACAGGUGCUCUAUCCAGAUGUUCUUGGGUCCCCUAUCCCUGGUUCAAAUCCACCCCUGCCCUUUUUUGUGGGAAUACAGCUACAUAAGAGCCUGAAUGCAGUACAAACCAAUAGUCUAGCAUCUUCUUCUCACAAUGGCUAACUAAACGUCUCUGGGAAAAGCCCACAAGCAGGCCCGGCUCUAGGGGUAGUCU